CAAAGAAGACAGAAAGGUAGCCGCAACAACAUGAAUUAGAGGUUAGGCGCCGAAUGUAUUAUUUCUUUUACGUAAAGAAUAUUAUUAUAAUAGUACACUGUUAUUAAUGUUUCUUAAGCUUGCUGGAAAAAUUCAUUGCUUGAUAAGAUGUAAGAUUUUCUACCAUAACCAGUAAUUACUAAAUUCUCAAUCCUCACAAAAAUCUAGGAUGAUUGAGUUUACCUAAUUGACAGACAUUUUUGGACACUCGAAAAUGCCUCCUCCACAACCGUCUGGGGUUGAUGCAACCAGUCAACUCAACACUUUUUACUCCUAUCUCAACAUUCUUUCUGACAUCAACUUCAUCACUGGAGCGAAGGAAGAGAGUCGACUCCAGAUAGCUCAAGAAUUGAGUGAAAAUCUAGAGACAAUAAUUUCGGCUCCAGCAUAUCCAACCUUUCUGGACCAUCUUGUGAAGGUUAUAACAAAGAUUCUCAAGGAUGGGAAUCCGUCAUUCAUUGCAGAACACUCAUCCCAUGCUCUACGCAAAGUGCUACUUGACAUUCUGUACAGACUGCCGUCGAAUGACCAUCUGAGGCCACAUGUGGACAACAUACACUCGCUGUGUAUGGGUCUACUCAGCAAGGAGAACGAACAAAAUGUUCUUGUGUGCCUGCACCUCAUCAUUGAGCUGCAUAAGCACUUCCGACCACCUUACAAUGUUGAGAUUCAAAAUUUUCUCCAGUUUGUUCGAGGAAUUUAUAAAAAUCUUCCCGAACAUUUGGAUAAAAUCUUCCAGCCAAAAGCACCAAUACGAGUGAAGGAUUUGAAUGAACUGAAUAUUGAAGCUUUGCUGUCAGAAACGUACUCGUGCACCGCCAUUCAGGUCGAAUCUAAAGUGUUGACUGAUGGAUCUGGGUCUUCCGAACAAACUCAGUUGGAAAAAUACACGUUGAUCCCCAAAGGAGUUUUGUCAUUGAAAUUUCUACAAGAGCUGCCCAUCAUAGUUGUUCUGAUGUAUCAACUAUAUAAACCACAUGUCGAAAAUGAAGUCAAAGAAUACAUUCCAAUUAUCAUACAUACCAUAACUCUACAUCCGGCCCAUCAGUAUAGAAUGCAUCCAGCUUUCAACAAAGAAGUGUUUGUCGAUUUUAUGGGUGCGCAGAUCAAGACAUUGUCGUUCUUAGCGUACAUUAUAAGAUACUAUCAGAAAGAAGUGAACAAACACUCGAGUCACAUGGCUGAGGGCAUGCUGGGCAUGCUCACACUGUGUCCAAUGGAGGUCACGCAUCUGCGUAAAGACCUCUUCAUCGCUGCCCGCCACAUCCUCGCCACGGAACUGAGGAUAAGUUUCGUUCCACACGUGAAUCGUCUGUUUGACGAAGACAUACUGCUGGGCAGAGGCUGGACCACUCACGAAUCGUUGCGACCUCUGGCGUACAGCACACUGGGUGACCUGAUACACCACGUCCGCAUGCACCUACCCAUGUCCGACCUGGCAAAGGCCGCCCAUCUCUUCUCUAUGAACGUUCAUGACGAAACAUUACCGACAAGCAUUCAGGUGAUAUCGUGCAAGCUGCUGCUGAACCUGGUGGAGUGCAUUCAGCAACGCAGCAAGUCGGAGGCAGCUGCAGCUGCAGCAGCUGGCACCAGUGCAGCGGCAGCUGUGGUGCCAGCGUCGCGACGCACCGGCCAAGAGCUGCUCAUGCGCAUGCUCGAAGUCUUCAUUGUCAAGUUCAAGACUAUCACCAAACUGCAGCUGCCCAUACUUGUCGCUAAAUGCAAAGCCCAACAGGCGUCUGUUGGAGGCUCAGCAUCUGCAAUUCCAUCGCAAAUUGGAGCCGACUCGAAUAAAGCUGAUGAAAAACCAAUCUUGAAUGCUCAAAGCGGACUCAUCGAAAAUGCAAUAAAAAAUGAUGAACGGGAUGCCAACAAGCCAAAGUUUGGAUUUCCUCCACCUCAAGCAACCAAUUACAGCGUCCAAGAUUUCAGAAUGCUUGUCAAAACUCUGGUCUAUGGAGUAAAGAAUAUCACUUGGAGCUGCGCUCUCUUCAAGCAACAACAGAACCAGGCGAGUGGCGUGCCGAAAUCGGAGACAAGUCGCAAGCUGUUCUCGCCGAAGGAGACGGAGAUGUUCAUCCGCCUGGUGAAGUGGGCGAUGCACGCUCUGGACGUGUAUAUGCUGAGUGUGUCGCUGCCGGGGGCGGCAGGGGCAGGGGGCGGACAGACCGCCUCCAAUCAGCGUUCCGCCUCCGCCUCCGCGCCCCUCCAGCAGCAACAGACCGUGCGUACCAAGGAGGAGCGCGAGGCGCUCGAACACUUUGCCGGCGUGUUCUUGGUCAUGGAUCCACAAACUUUCCAUGAAGUAUUUUCAACCACAAUCGAAUUCAUUGUAGACCGGUUGGCCCAGAAUUUCGCUUUGCAAAUAGUCGCCAACUCGUUUCUGGCCAAUGAAGACACAUCUCCGAUCUUCGCAAUAGUGUUGGUCGAGUAUCUGUUGGCGCAUAUGGAGGAAAUGGGAAAUGGCAACGUCGAACGGAGUAAUCUCUAUUUGAAACUAUUCAAACAAGUGUUCAAUAGUGUAUCUAUACUUCCCACCAAGAAUGAGCAGAUGCUCAAACCACAUUUACAUCAAAUUGUCAACAGGUCAAUGGAGCUUGCAAUGACCGCCAAAGAACCAUACAACUACUUCCAAUUGUUGAGAGCUCUCUUUAGGUCAAUAGGGGGCGGAAAUCAUGAUCUUCUCUAUCAUGAGUUCUUUUCUUUGCUGCCAAAUCUUUUACAAGGAUUGAAUAGUUUGCAGUCUGGACUCCAUAAGCAACACAUGAAAGAUCUUUUUGUAGAGUUGUGUCUCACGGUUCCCGUUCGAUUGAGUUGCUUGCUGCCUUACCUGCAUAUGCUCAUGGAUCCAUUGGUCUCUGCACUCAAUGGAUCUCCUACUCUUAUUGGUCAGGGGUUGCGUACUCUGCAAUUGUGUGUUGACAACUUGCAACCGGACUUUCUGUUUGAGCACAUUCAGCCGGUCAGAGCCGAUCUGAUGCAAGCUCUUUGGCGCUCCUUGCGAAAUCCAACCGACCAGGUUGCGCAUGUUGCGUUUAGAGUUUUGGGGAAGUUUGGUGGUGGCAAUCGUAAAAUGAUGAUUGAACCGCAGAAGCUGGAAUACAGCACAAGGGAGACACCAGGACCGUCGAUAGUCAUUUCAUUCCCGGAACACGCCAAACCAAUUGAAUUGCCUGUUGAAAAGAUUAUUGACACAGCUGUUACUGCACUGAAACUGAGCACAACUGACACAUUCUACCGAAAGCAAUGUUGGCUGGUAAUCAAGAGCUUUCUCAUUUCUUCAAUAAAAGUUGGAGACGACCGUCAAACGAUGCAGAAAUUGUUUUCUUAUCCCAGUUUCUCUGUUGGAGACGUUACUAACAUAAUGGGUCCACCUUAUAAACUGCCGGAUAAACAAGCAAGACAAACCUACCUCACUGCUUUGACAGGAAUGUUCGUUGGUGCUGCAAUCAAAGACCUUCAUCAUCUCGUUCAGCCGACAAUGGUAGCCCUCGUUCGGCAUUUCACUAUGGUUGCAAUCGCUCAGCAAGCAGGUCCUUUCUCCAUGAAUAACAAACAGUCCAACAUGGAAGGAGGCAUGGAUGCAUUGGUUCUAAUCGACGCCCUGGCAAAGAUAAUGGGCCACGAAGAGAAAGAGCUUUGCAAGCCGGGUCGGCUAGCUCUUGCAUUGAUAUUGCAGACAGCCACCAGCAUUCUUGGCUCCAAGGAACGAGCUUGCCAGUUGCCGUUGAUGGAGUACUUGGCAGCACGCAUGUGUUCGCUGUGUUACGAUCGCGCCUGGUACGCCAAGCUGGGAGGUUGCAUCGCCAUCGAAUUCCUCUUCGAGAAGAUGUCCGCUUCCUGGGUCUACCAUCAUCUAUUCGUUUUUGUCAAAGCACAGUUGUUCGUCAUGUUGGAUUUGACUGGUGAGGUUUCCAGUGGAGCAAUUGAUAAAGCCAAAAACAAUCUUGAAAAUAUGAUGCAGUUGUGCAAACCAGUUGAUCCAGAAAACAAAGAGCUGUUGGCUGAUCAGAACAAUGCGUUGACUGAAGUGAUGUACGAGCUGAUUCGGCAAAUUACCAGUCCAACUGUACUACUACGAGAACAGGCGAUUCAUCUAUUGAAAAUAUUUGCCAAGGCGCAAAAUAAAACAAUAACGGAAAUAAUGACACCGCACAAAGUGAUUCUAGCCGACAUGUUGCCUCCAGAAAAGCAUCUUCCAAAACUGCAAACGCCCAAUGCUAAAAUCGGAUUGUUGGAGGGACACACGUUUUGCUCGUCGCUCAAUCCACGUCUCUGUACUAUUGAUCCGUCGAAGAAGGAGCACGAAACGUUUCUGAAGGAGGUGAUCACACUGUGCGACUCGCAGGACGCGCAACUGCUGAAGCAGCCCUGCUACAAGAACAUCGGCAGCCUGAUUCCGUUCCGACGCGCCGCCAUGCGAGCACUGGCCGUCUGCCACUACAUCCCCGGCUACCAGGACCGCAUCUUCGCCACGCUCUACAACGCGCUCUCGCGGCCCGAACCCGAACUGCAGCAGGCUGCCUUUGAGUGCAUGCGCACCUUUGUGUCUGGCUCCAGCAUCGAUAUCAAUAAGGUUGCAGAAGUGAUGAGACCUUUACUAAAUGAUCUGGGCGACUUCAAAAGUCUGAACUUGAGCAAAGUCAGAUGUCUAUCUUAUCUCGUCCAAUUGUUCCCAUCAAUUUUCAAAGAGAAACCGUGCAAGCAACUCUUGCAAUAUCUUGAAAGCCUUUUUGAUACUUUGGUACAGGCUCAGAAAGGUCUCUCGAAAAAUGGCGAAACUGAGAAAAUAGCUUCAAUCGUAAUCGAAAUAUUCAAUCAAAUAGCAACAUCAGGACAGAAGUAUAUGGAAAUUCUAUGCACAAUGGUGUUGCAGACUGAGAAGGCUCUCCUUGUUGGACAAACGUCUCCUUUCAAAGAGCCACUGCUGCGAUUCCUUCUACAGUUUCCCGAGAAGACCAUCGAGCUCUUCCUAAGGGACGCUAACAUAAAGGACGAACAAUGGUCGCGUUAUCUGGAAUUUAUGAUCAAACAUGCCGAUGGAAAACCUUUCAGAGAUGUGCUUCAGAAUGAUGCCCAUGUGCAGCGGUUGAUGAAUAUGGCUCUAGCCUAUUCAACUUCCAAUUUGACUAAUGCUGGCGAUGCAGAGAAAAACGCUGAACUGCAAUAUCAAAGCAUCAGAAUCGUUUCUCUGCUUGUCAAACUUGAUGACCAAUGGCUUUCUACGCAGCACCAACUGGUUGCAACAUACCGUCAAAUUUGGUGCAAUGAUCAAUACCAGGAGCGACACAAGAAAAUUGAAAAUAUAGAGUUUCCGCACUGGAAAGAACCGAAGCUGCUUGUGAAGAUACUAUUGCACUACUUCAGUCAUCACCCAUCAAAAAUUGAUCUGUUGUUCCAACUUCUCCGGGCGUUCUGUGAUAGACUAUUGCCAGAUUUUCAGUUUCUUCGAGAUUUUCUGGAAAACACAGUUGCCAGUGGUUUCAAUGUUGAAUGGAAACGAUCAGCGUUCUUCAGAUUUGUCGAGCUAUUUCCAACAAAUACCAUAUCUCAGGAGCUGAAAGCAAAGAUUCUUCAGUUGAUUAUCAUUCCAUGCUUUGCGGUUUGCUUUGAACGGGGCGAAGGCGAUAAACUGAAUGAUGGCACUGCCAUUAAAACGCACCAUGAUACGCAGGACAGUAUCAUUACUGUAUUCAUCAAUAAGAUAAUCGACAUAGACAACCCACUGGGCUGCGGCGACAGUGUUCGCAUCCUAAUCCUGCAGCUGUCAUGCCUGCUGGUGGAGCAGGCCCUGCCGCACAUCCACGACAACAGCAACAAGCUGCAGCGACUGAUCCGCUACGGCUGGCCGUCACUGCGCACCAACAACUGCGUCGAUCCGGCCACCCGCUAUCACGGCCAUCUCCUGCUCGCGCACCUCAUCGCCAAGUUCACCAUGCCCAUUGAGCCCUACGUCAAGAUACUCAACCAAGUUUUCCAAAGUCUAUUGAAUGCCCAUGCGGUUGAGGUGCGCUUUGUAGUGCGACAAGCUCUGGACAUUUUGACUCCAGCCAUUCCAGUGCGCAUGGAAGAUGGCUACAAGAUGCUCGUUCAGUGGACUAAGAAGAUCAUUGUUGAAGAAGGCUAUUCCAUGCAACAGCUCUUCCACAUUCUACAGCUUGUUGUGCGUCAUUAUAAAGUGUAUUACCAUGUUCGACACCACAUGGUGCAACAUAUGGUGAACUCGCUUCAAAGAUUGGGAUUCAGUACAUCGGCAACAAUUGAACAUAGGAAGUUGGCAGUUGAGCUUGCCGAAGUCAUCAUAAAGUGGGAGUUGCAACGCAUCAAGGACGAAUCCGAUGUGGCUGAGGCAAACGCGAGCUGCAGCAACGAUGAGAGCAGCGAGCCUUGGAAGCGGCUGGCGGUGGCGGGGCCGAGCGGAGCACCUGUCAACGCCAAGGCGGCCAAAUUCGAGGCCAACGCCCACAGGCCCAUCGAACAACAGUAUGCCGACGCUGUUGUCAACUUCCUUGCUAAGUUUGCUUGUCAGGUGAACGACGGCACACCGACCGGCAUGCCGUCUCCGGGCGAGGUGCUGUCUCGUCGCUGCGUGUCGCUGAUCCGCAUGGCGCUGAAGCCGGACGUGUGGCCGCAACACAGCCUCGACCUCCGCCUCGCCUGGCUCGACAAGGUGCUGGCCACCGUCGACUCGGACAAGGUGAACCUCGGCAACGUGGCAACAGCGCUCGAGCUCUUCACCUUCCUGCUCUCCGUCAUGAGGAAGGAGCAGGUGCUCGCCACAUGCAAGCCCCUCCAGAAGGGCAUUGUCGCCUGCAUAUCUAGUUCCAAUACGAAGGUUAUAAGGCUGACUCACGCUCUACUUUCUCGUCUGAUGACAAUAUUCCCAACUGAGCCUUCCAACUCCCAAAUGGCUUCGAAGCACGAGGAACUGGAAUUUCUAUAUUCAAAUGUUGGAAAGGUAAUAUUCGAAGGAAUCGCCAACUUUGAGAGGACUGCGUCGGCGCCGUCAGCGACGCUGUUUGGUACAAUCAUGAUGCUGAAGGCAGCCUGCGUCAGCAAUCCCGGAUACAUUGACCGGCACAUUGUGCAGUUUGUCCGCGUAAUCCAGCGGAUGGCCAAGGAACAUAUAAGCACAAACACCCAAGAAAAUCCAGGACCAAGCGAACUUCUGAUACUGAGCUUGGAUCUAGUGAAGAAUAGAGUUGGCAUAAUGACACAAGAGACAAGGAAACAAUUCAUCGGAACUAUUCUGUGCGGCCUUAUCGAGAGCACUAAAGAUUUCAAAGUAAUGAAGGCCAUCAUCAAGAUUCUUGAGGAAUGGAUGCGUAACAGCAGCAACAAAGUUGGAGCCAGUGCGGCUGCGCAGUUACCGGCCGGUGGUCCGCAUAUCAAGGAGAAAACUCUGCUCUUGGUCAAAAUGAUGCACUGUGUCGAAAAACGCCCGGAACUCAACUGUCAAUUUCUAGAGCUGGUCAAUACUGUUUACAGGGAUGAAAGUCUGAAAAAUUCAGAGCUGACGGCGAAACUGGAAUACGCCUUCCUAGCUGGACUGAGGUGUUCAAAUCCUUCAAUCAGAGCCAAAUUCUUCGAGAUAUUCGACUCGUCGAUGAGGAAGCGGCUGUAUGACCGUUUGAUGUACAUGAUCAGCUCACAAAACUGGGAGCCCAUGGGAGCGCACUAUUGGCUCAAACAAUGUAUCGAGCUUAUACUGGUCUCGGCUGAUUCAAAUUAUCAGAUCCAGCUGUCGGAAGAUUCUCCGUUGUUGCCAAGUGUGACGUCCGUCAUUAAUAUGGCCGACCAAGCCGACAGGGAUAAGUUCGCUAUUUAUCUGCCGAUCAAAGAAGAGCCGAGUGAUGUUGACUCAUCUGCAAUGGAGACGAACCAAACGGAACUGGACUUGGACCUGAGUGACGUGACCUUGAAGUCGGAAAGCGAGAGUGCCGGUCGCCAGGAAGCACUGACCCAGCUGAUCACGCAUCAGGCCAAAUUCCUGGAGGAGGCGAAGGAUGUGAAGACCAGUGAGUUCCUGUUGGCCGCCAUUCAGCUCUGCCACAUGGACACGCCGCUCGCCGAACGAGUCUGGCUCGACCUGUUCCCGCGGCUCUGGUCCAUUCUCAACGAACGCCAGCAAGCAAUCUUGUCUGGAGAAAUAAAACCAUUUCUGGCCAGUGGAAGUCAUGUUAUUCAAAGAGAUAUCCAUCCUAGUGCGAUUGCUACAUUCUUCGAGGGUCUCACUCAUUGCAAUCCACCCUUGCAAAUCAAAUCGAGCGUGAUGAAGUACCUAGGGAAAUCUCACAACCUGUGGCACAGAGUAACAUUGAAACUGGAGCAAAUGGUUGCCGAGAGUGCUGCUCAGAAGGCCAAACGAGAUCAAAUACUAGACCCUUAUGAAAUCGAUUCUGAUUCUCUACAGCAACAGACUUUGAUCGAUCACUUGGCCGAGAUGUACAAAGAACUACACGAAGAAGAUAUGUGGUGUGCUUUAUGGCAGAAAAAUGCCAAAUACAAAGAAACUGGCAUCGCUCUGUCUUAUGAACAGCAAGGCUUCUUCGGAAAGGCUCUAGAAAAGUAUGAGGCUAUCAUAACAAAAGCUAGACACGAUUUCACCAACACGUCUGCGCCUUUCACUAUUAUGAGCGAAGAAAGGUUAUGGGAGGAGCAGUGGAUAAGGUGUACGAAAGAGCUGAAUCAUUGGGGCGACUUGUUGGACUAUGGCAAAGAUAAGUCUGUAAUGAACCCAUUUUUGAUUCUGGAAAGUGCCUGGAGAGUUCCCGACUGGAAUCUCAUGAAAGAAGCCAUCAUUCAAGUGGAUACAACUUAUCCACAAGAAAUGGCCUGGAAGGUGCAACUGUACAAAGGCUUCUUGGCGAUCUGCCACAACGCAGAGUCAGAUCAGCAGCAUCAGCAGCCGCAGCAGCAGCAACAGCAGCAGGGACGUCACAGCCUGGCAGAGGUGGAGCGCUACGUGAAGGUGGCCAGUGGACUCUGCAUGAAGGAGUGGCGUCGUCUGCCGCACAUUGUCUCGCACAUACAUCUGCCCCUACUGCAGGCUGCUCAACAGAUAAUGGAGGUGCAGGAAGCGGCACAGAUUCACGGUGGCCUGGUGCCGGGCGGCGAGAGUGACUCGCUGCACGACAUGAAGACAACGGUGAAGACGUGGCGCAACCGACUGCCAGUCAUCGCCGACCACCUCAGCCACUGGAGCGACGUCUUCACUUGGCGGCAACACCACUAUCAGCACAUUUUGUCGCAUUACCACAAUGUCACAGCCGCCAACGCCAACACAAACGCCACCACUCAGCACUCGUCCGCUGCCGGUGUCGCGCUGCACGCAUCCGCUCAGGCAAUAAUUCACUUCUGCAAGAUAGCUAGGAAGCAAAACCUGACUGAUGUGUGCCUGGAUAACUUGCUGCGGAUUCACACCAUCACCGAUGUGCUCGUGGGAGACACCUUCCAGACUAUCAAACAGAAAAUCAAAUGCUACAUGCAAAUGGCACACUCCUCUACUGGAAAGAAUGAAUUGCAAGAAGCACUCCAGUUUGUCGAGAAAACCAACUUGACUGUUUUUAAUAAGGAGAUGACAGCUGAAUUUUAUGCGUUGAAAGGACUUCUCCUGUCACAACUGGGAAGGACGGACGAGGCGCACAAAACAUUUUCGGCGGCCGUUCAGAUGCACGACACGCUGGUGAAGGCGUGGGCAAUGUGGGGCGAUUUCAUGGAGCUGCAGUUCAUCAAGUCGAGUCCCCAAAACUAUACGAUGGGCAAGUCGGCCAUCACGUGCUUCCUGCACGCCUGUCGACAUCAGAACGAGUCAAAGUCCAGAAAGUACCUGGCUAAGGUGCUUUGGCUGUUGACUUACGAUGACGACCAGCACUCUCUGACGAACGCCAUGGACAAGUACGUGGUGGGAGUUCCCCCCAUCCAGUGGCUGCCCUGGAUCCCCCAGCUGCUCACCUGUCUUCUACAGGACAAGGAUCCCAUUCUUAACCUAUUAAGCCUGGUCGGCAGAAUGUAUCCACAAGCUGUCUAUUUCCCAGUCCGAACGCUGUAUCUCACUUUGAAGAUAGAGCAGAGAGAAAGAGAGAAGAGUGCUUCUAUGGCUGGAACACAAACACAGCAAACCAGUGGUGCGGAUGCUCUUCAGAGAGGUGCUGCUCAGCCAGGAUCUCAAGAAGCCGGAGCUCCAAUUAAGUCGAAAGCGACUCCGUCGAUGCGUAAAUGCUGCCACAUUAUGUAUGUGCAAAAGUCUAUUCACCCCACGGUCCUGUAUUCACUUGAAGUUAUCGUCGAUCAGAUGGAAUGGUUCCGUGAGAAUGGGUAUGAAGAGGUUCUGCGUCAACUGCGCCAGGGAUUGACCAAGUGCUAUAUGGUUGCUUUUAAGAAUCGAGGAGCUGUCAGUGAGGCCACCAUCACACCACACACUCUGCAUUUCGUCGAGAAACUCGUAUCAACCUUUGGCACCGGAAUAGAGAAUAUUUCGAGUUCGAUGAACUCGACAGCAGGCAGCUCAGCUUCGGAGAGCCUGGCAAGGCGGGCGCAGGUGACAACUCACGACCCCGUCUUCCAGAAGAUGAAGGCACAGUUCUCGGCCGACUUUGACUUCAAUGUGCCCGGCGCAACCAAGCUGCACAACCUCAUUAACAAGUUCAAGAAGUGGGUCAAGAUUCUCGAAACCAGAACAAAGCUUCUGCCAAAGUCAUUCCUGAUUGAGGAGAAGUGCAGAUUUCUGAGCAACUUCAGUCUACAAACUGCUGAAAUAGAACUUCCUGGAGAAUUUCUCUUGCCAAAGCACUCGAACUACUAUGUUAGAAUCUCACGAUUUAUGCCGAGAAUCGAAGUGGUGCAAAAGCACAACACGGCAGCCCGACGACUCUUCAUUCGCGGCCAUAAUGGCAAAAUCUAUCCGUACUUGGUUGUCAAUGACUUUGGCUUUGGAGAUGCCCGCAGAGAAGAAAGAGUUCUUCAACUGCUUCGUAUGCUCAACCACUAUUUGGGAAAACAAAAGGAAACGUCUAGGAGAUUCGUGCACUUGACGGUGCCUCGAGUGGUGGCCGUGUCCAGGCAGAUGCGGCUGGUGGAGGACAACCCGGCCUCCAUCUCGCUGCUGGACGUCUACAGGGAGGGCUGCUCCAAUCUGGGCAUUGACCACGAGGCUCCCAUCUCACGCUACUACGAACGGCUCGCUACUGUUCAGGCUCGGGGACAGCAAGCUGGGCACCAAGUACUCAAAGAUAUUCUGAAAGACAUUCAGAACACUAUGAUACCGAGAACAAUGUUCAGAGAUUGGGCUGUGAAAACGUAUCCUUCUGCUACGGACUACUGGACGUUCCGUAAAAUGCUUACCUUGCAGCUGUCACUGGCUUGCUUCUCCGAGUACGUGCUGCAUCUGACCAGACUCAAUCCAGAUAUGAUAUACAUACAUCAAGACUCCGGACUCCUCAAUAUUUCCUAUUUCAAAUUCGACGUUGAUGAUAAUGCGGGUGUACUGGACUCGAAUAGGCCGGUGCCGUUCCGUCUGACGCCGAACCUGAUGGAGCUACUGACCGAGACGGGUGUGAAUGGACCUUUGUCGGCGAGCAUCAUCGCAUCGGCGCGCUGCUUCAUGCAUCCCAACUUCAAGGUGCAGACCAUUCUCAGGGCCAUACUCAGGGACGAAAUGAUCAUGUCCUACAAAAAGAAACAUGAGGCAGUGUGUGAGAACUUGAGUGAGGUUCCUGGAGAGGCAAUAAUAACAAUGGUGACAAAAGCAGUCACUGCAAUUAGUCAAAGACUGAAUAGUUUGGCGUCCUUCGAGGGAACAGAAAGUGAGGUUAUGGCACUCGUAAUGGCUGCGAAAAGUAGUGAUAACUUAUGCAGGAUGGACCCUGCUUGGCAUCCAUGGUUGUAAAUCCCUCCUAUAUCUCAUUCUAAUUCAUAGGAAAGUUGAACUGACUGCAGAACAUAAAAUUAUGUUCUUCUAUGUUUUAAAAGUUGGUAUAUUAUCAGUAAUUUUAGUUUGUCAUGUAUAUUUAGAGCUCAUUUUACGUAAUAUGUGUAUUUUAAUUUGUAUGUAUUUAUGAAGCAUUAAUAUUGUAAGUUUUAAAAUUAUUUUUAUAUGUUUGAAAUUAUCUAUUGACCAAGUUAGGGCUGAAUAUUACGUACAGCACUCAAACAUAAUUGACUCUCUAUGCUUUAGUUUUGAUCAUAUCAUACUAUUUUAGAAAUUUUGUAAAAACCAAUUAUAAACAUUUGACUAGCAUAUACAAA